AUCUUGUCUUCUUUUGCUUUCUUUUCAACCAAACAAAUAAGCGCUCAUAAGAUUUUCCUCAUUCUUUUCAUUGAAAAAUACUUAUUUUCUUAAGCGUUACGAUUUUGUAUUAUUCCGAUUCUCUGAAAAAAAAGAAGAAGCCUCUGAUCGUCUUUUAGACGCACAAAACAAGAAGUUCAAAAUUUUCUUUCUCUAUAAUCAAAGAGAACCGGAUGCGUGUGUUUAGUUCAAUCUGCGGAUUUGGUGUUUGAGAAAAAUCCUUGAGGAAUUUUGGAGGCGGAUCUCUCUUUUGCAAUUGGGAGCUCUUCGUUGAGAAUUUGAUGGAUACCAAUAACUGGAGGUCUACUCCUCCCAGUGGAGAGCCCACCAUGGACACAGGAGAUUGGAGAACCCAGUUGCAGCCAGAUUCACGACAAAGAAUCGUCAAUAAGAUAAUGGAUACAUUGAAGAGGCACCUUCCAUUUUCUGGUCAAGAUGGUUUAAAUGAACUCAGGAAAAUAGCUGUAAGGUUUGAGGAAAAGAUUUUUACUGCAGCAACCAGCCAGUCUGAUUACCUAAAGAGAAUAUCUUUGAAGAUGCUUACAAUGGAGAACAAGUCUCAGAAUACCGUACCCAACACAGGGAAUAACAGCAAACCGCCUGAUCCAGGUUCUCAGGGCAUGCAGAACCAAGUUCACAGUCAAGGGCAAUCAAUUCCUAUCUCAUUGCAAUGUAAUCAAUCUCAAGCGCAACUGUUACCCCAGAGUGUCCCGAAUAACAUGGCAUCUGCUGGAGUUCAAAGUUCUGCUGGUUUACAAUCUGGAAUGCCUGCCGUCUCUGGUCUAACCCAGAAUCCUGUACCUAAUGUUGUUGGCCAGAAUACGAACAUGCAGAACAUGUCUGGAAUUUCACAGAACUCAUUGGGGCAAGGGAUGUCUUCCAAUAUGUUUGCUAAUCAGCAGCGGCAAAUGCCAAGGCAACAGGUGCUUCCACAACAGCAACAGCAACAACAACAGCAGCAGUUAUACCAUCAGCAGUUACAAAAUCAACUUAUAAAACAAAAGUUGCAACAGGGAAAUCUUCAGCCGUCACUUAUGCAGUCUCACAUGCAGCAACAGCAGAACCUGUUACCACCUACUCAGUUGCAAUCUUCUCAGCAAUCCGGUAUGCAAACAUCAUCUGUUAUACAGCAAUCUUCCAUGCAAUCGACUCCCCUUCCUGGUCUUCAACACAAUCAGCAAUCUUCUUUACAACAGUCAAGUCAGUCCAUGCUUCAGCAGCAUCAACAGUUUAGACAGCAGCAACAGGCACAACAGGCUGCUAGUAGUGGUAUUCAUCAACAACAAACACCAAUGACACAGCAGUCAAUGAUGCCUCAGCAGCAGCAUCAGCAUCAGCAGCCACACAUUAUGGGACAACAGACAAAUGCUGCAAAUUCACAGCAGAAUCAAUUAAUAGGACAACAAAAUAGCAUUGCAGACAUGCAGCAGCAGAGGUUGCUAGGCCAGGCCAAUAAUCUUCCAAAUCUGCAGCAACAGCAGCAGCAGCAGCAGCAGUUAAUGGCUCAAAAAAACAAUAUGUCAAAUAUCCAUCAGCAACAGUUGGGUCCUCAGAGUAAUAGUUCAGGAUUGCAGCAGCAGCAGCAGCCACAUUUGAUUGGAGCCCAGUCUGGUAACUCGAGCAUGCAAGCUAAUCAGCAAUCUUUACACAUGCUACCCCAGCCUAAGGUUCAACUCCAAACGCAGCAGAGUUCACCUAACUUGUUACCACCAACUCAAGUGCAAACAUCCCAGCAGCCACAGCAGCAGCAGCAGCAGCAACUGAUGUCGCAGAUGCAAACACAGUCUACUUUGCAGCAACAGUUGGGUUUGCCACAGCAACACAAUAUGCCGCAAAGGCUUCAAGCAUCAGGUCAAGUAUCAAGUUCCUUGCUUCAAUCACAAAAUUUGACAGAGCAGCAAAAGCAGUUGUAUCAAUCACAGAGAGCUGUUCCGGAGACAUCAUCAACAUCUUUAGAUUCCACAGCUCAAACAGGGCUUGCUAAUGGAGGUGAUUGGCUGGAAGAGGUAUAUCAGAAGAUCCUGACCUUGAAGGAGACAUACUUACCUGAAUUAAAUGAGAUGUACCAGAAAAUUGCUACCAAGUUGCAGCAGCAUGAUUCUAAUCCAGCACAGCCAAAGUCUGAGCAGCUUGAAAAGUUGAAAAUAUUCAAGACCAUGUUGGAGCGCAUCAUAAGUUUCUUAACAGUUUCCAGAGCCAAUAUAACACCCCCUUUCAAGGAGAAGUUGAGUUCAUAUGAGAAGCAGAUAAUAAAUUUUAUAAAUUCCAAUAGGCCAAGGAAGCCUGUCUCAGUGCAGCAGCAAGGACAGCUUCCUCCACCUCAUAUGCAUUCCAUGCAGCAGCAACAACAAUCGCAAAUUAGUCAGACACAGUCUCAUGAUAAUCAAAUGAACCCUCAGUUGCAGUCGAUGAAUUUACAAGGUUCUGUGCCAACAAUGCAGCCUAACAACAUGACAAGCAUGCAGCACAAUUCUUUGUCGCCUGGGGUUUCAACAGCACAGCAGACCAUGUUAAAUUCAUUACAGCCAGGCUCCAGUUUGGAUUCAGGACAAGGUAAUGCCCUUGGCCCAGUACAGCAGGUUGCUCCAGGACCCUUGCAACAGAAUCCUGUGAGUACCUCCCAGCAGACAAACUUUAACAGUAACAGUUUGUCAUCACAAAGUGGAUUAAGUGUCCUGCCGCAAAACAUUAAUCCUCUUCAGUCAAAUUCCAACAUGCUUCAGCAUCAGCAUAUGAAACAACAGCAAGAACAGCAAAUGCUGCAGUCACAAAAGUACAAGCAACAAUUUCAACGUCAAAUGCAGCACCAGCAUAUACAGCAGAAGCAGCAGCUACUGCAACAACAACAACAACAGCAACAACAGCGGCAGCAGCAGCAACAGCAGCAAGCAAAGCAACAGCUGUCCACUCAUCAGAUGUCCCAGCUGCAUCAGAUGAAUGAUGUAAAUGAUAUGAGGCAGGGGAUGGGUGUUAAGCCAGGGGUAUUUCAACAUCUCCCAGCAGGCCAGCGUCAAUCUUAUACCCAUCAACAGUUGAAACCAGGUGCUCAAUUUCCUGUUUCUUCACCUCAGCUACUUCAGGCUGCAUCUCCUCAGAUUCCUCAGUAUUCUUCCCCACAGGUUGAUCAGCAAAACCUGCCAUCUAUCUCAAAAACUGGCACUCCCUUGCAAUCUGCAAACUCACCUUUUGUUGUUCCUUCUCCUUCGACUCCCUUGGCUCCAUCACCAAUGCCCGGGGAAUCUGAAAAACCUGUUCUAGGCACUUCUCUCCCAAAUGUUGCUAAUUUGGGACAUCAACAAGGGACUGGUGUUCAAACAGGCUCCCAAUCCCUCGCAAUUGGCACUCCAGGGAUAUCAGCCUCACCUUUGCUUGCUGAGUUCAGUGGUGCAGAUGGAACUCAUGCUAAUGCUCUGACAGCUGUUUCUAGCAAGUCAAAUGUUACAGAGCAACCUCUUGAACGUUUAAUAAAAGCAGUGAAAUCCAUCUCACCUACAGCAUUGGGUGCAUCUGUAAGUGACAUUGGCUCAGUUGUCAGCAUGACUGACAGGAUAGCAGGUUCAGCCCCAGGUAAUGGGUCUAGGGCUGCAGUUGGCGAGGAUCUGGUUGCCAUGACGAAGUGUCGUCUGCAAGCAAAAAAUUUCAUCAGUCAAGAUGGAAUGAGUGGCACAAAGAAAAUUAGGCGCUACACUAGUGCCAUGCCCCUAAAUGUUGUCUCAUCUGCAGGCAGUUUGAAUGAUAGUUUCAAACAGUUGACUGGUUCAGAGACAUCUGAGUUGGAGUCAACUGCAACAUCUAGUGUCAAGAGGCCAAGAAUUGAGGCAAAUCAUGCCCUUUUGGAAGAAAUAAGGGAAAUAAAUCAACGACUUAUAGACACAGUGGUUGAUAUCAGUGAUGAAGAUGUUGAUCCAGGUGCAGCAGCUGCAACUGCUGAAGGGGGUGAAGGAACCAUUGUCAAGUGCUCUUUCAGUGCUGUGGCUCUCAGUGCAAACUUGAAAUCACAGUACAUGUCGGCACAAAUGUCACCAAUUCAGCCCUUGCAUUUGCUAGUCCCCACAAAUUAUCCAAAUUGCUCUCCAAUCCUAUUAGACAAGUUCCCAGUUGAAGUGAGCAAGGAGAAUGAAGACCUUUCAGUGAAAGCGAAGUCUAGGUUUAGUAUAUCACUGCGCACCCUUUCGCAGCCUAUGUCACUUGGUGAGAUAGCAAGGACUUGGGAUGUUUGUGCCCGAGCAGUUAUUUCUGAUCACGCAAAACUGAGUGGGGGAGGCAGCUUUAGUUCAAAAUACGGGACUUGGGAGAAUUGCUUGAGUGCUGCAUAGCCAUCUAUACAGACUCUAGUAAAACACCUAGAUCAGCUUUGUUUUGUGCAUAAGCAGUUUUCGGAUGCAUAUAUUUAUAAUAAAGUCGGUUCAAGGGAACAGCCUCAGGUGAUGUUUGCCGGCUUGAGAGAACUCCCGAGGAGAGUUCAUAACUUGUGUCAUUAGGUAAUAUAAUGUUAUAGACUUGUAGGGUCUGGAACAUGCUUAGCAUUUUGAUCAAUUCUUCUGUUCAAAACAAGGCUACAUACAUUAUCAUAUUUCUGGAGAAAUGCGGACUCGAAUUAUGAUAGUUAUCAAAACAAGUUUGUUCUGUUUGUGGUUAAUAAAUAAAAAGUGCAGAUUCACGACA